AUGUGCACGUGGUGUGUUACAGUGAGCUUGAGCACUGAGCCACUUCCUGCUCCUGUCGGUCCCGUGUCCGAGAGAAACCGAAUCCAGAACCAGAACCGCGGGGUCCAGCACGCAGAGAGUUCGUCGGGCCCGCGGACACCGUGAGGCGGCGGAGGCUCCGUGACAAACCACCGGAAGCACCGGGGACGAGCGGCGGGAGAGAGAAAAUGGCGAAGACGUACGACUAUCUGUUCAAACUGCUGCUGAUCGGUGACAGCGGCGUCGGUAAAACCUGCCUCCUGUUCCGGUUCAGCGAGGACGCGUUCAACACCACGUUCAUCUCCACGAUCGGAAUCGAUUUUAAAAUCCGGACGGUCGAGUUGGACGGGAAGAAAAUCAAACUCCAGAUCUGGGACACGGCGGGCCAGGAGAGGUUCCGGACCAUCACCACGGCCUAUUACAGAGGAGCCAUGGGCAUCAUGCUGGUGUACGACAUCACCAACGAGAAGUCCUACGACAACAUCAGGAACUGGAUACGGAACAUCGAGGAGCACGCCACGUCCGACGUGGAGCGGAUGGUUCUGGGAAACAAGUGCGACAUGAACGACAAGAGACAAGUGUCGAAGGAGCGAGGAGAGAAGAUGGCGAUCGACUACGGGAUCAAGUUUUUGGAAACGAGUGCCAAGUCGAGCCUCAACGUGGAAGAGGCAUUUUUCACUCUCGCCAGAGACAUAAUGAGUCGACUGAACAGGAAACUGAACGACAACAACCCACCAGGAGGCGCCGGUCCAGUGAAAAUCACAGAGUCUCGCUCGAAGAAAAGUUUCUUCAGGUGUUCACUGCUGUAGGCGGAGCCUCCGUCCAGAACUCCUCCUCCUUCUUCCUCCUCUUCUUCUUCCUCUGUUGUUACUCUCGCUGACAUCGCUCGGCAGGUGAAGGAGUUUUUAACGUGUGAGUGAACGUAAGUGAUGGUGACGAGGAGUUGACUGUCGGAGAUGAAGAGCAGAUUUUUCUCGUUGUAUUAAUAUUUUAUAACUUCUAUCGUUUAAAUGUUGCAGUGAAGAUCGAAGCCUUAAAGGAGAGUACGGCGGCUUCAGAGGGACAAACUGCUCCAAUGAUCAAGCUUUUAUAUAUAUAUAACUGAAGUGAAGAGGUUUAUAAUGAUGCUUUACUUCAAAGGCCAAAUUAUUAUUUAUAGUUAUCAUUAUAUAGAUUUAUAUAAUUUAUUUUUAAAGUUACAUUAAUUUUUAUGCGUCACGUUUCUACACGUGAGUCAGUGUUACAGCGAGAAUCAAGUAAAAUGAGUAAAUGUAGUGAAAAAAACAUAUCUAAAAUCUUAAAAUUAAAUUGGAGCAGUUGAGGAGAAGAAAUAAAAAGAAACAAAUGUUCAAUCUUUGUUAAAUUAAAUAACUUUAAAAUUGAUUCAAACAACAUUUCUUCUUAAAAAGCUUUAAGUGUCUCAGAUUUAAUUUAUCGCCCGUUUUAGUUUUUUAAUCCCAAUUGUACUCGUACCUUAAUUAACUUUUACUUAAAUAUUCAUUUCUAAAAUUUAAAUAUAUGCAUAAAUAACAACGAUUACAUUUCUCCUUGGUACAAACUUGUGCCUUUGUUAAGAGAAACACGGACCUUAACCUUAUUGUCUUGAUAUUUAAUAAUCAGUCGGUAUUGUUGUUUUUUUUACAGUGUUUCCAGCAGUUACACUGUAAAAAAAAACCUUGCUCAUUAUUAAUGCUUUUCUAUAUUUUUGUAUUUUCGGUCUUAUAUUUUAAAAACCACUGGAGAAAAAAACUUUAUGUUGAUUCUAUUUUUUUUUUUGCAUUUCAGAGGAAUUUUAUUGUUGAAAUUGUUAUUUUUGUAUUAAAACAAGAAAUAUUUCAUGUUCAUAUGAAACCAGAUUCAAUCUGACAUUCAUCUUAUACAUUUAUAAGAUUAAAACAAAUAUAAGUUAGCUAAUAAGAUCCCAUAAGUGUUAUGAAUCAACUUCUAACUUAUUUAUUACCUGACAAUAAUUAAACAGAUCUUCAUCACUGUUACAUCAUCGUCAUCGUCACCUCGUCGCAGACAGGAAGCAGCUGAUUGAUAUGGCGUCAUGUGACGUGUGUUGUGUUUACAGACUCACUGUAUCAGUAUUAUUCAUCUUCAUAUUUUUUUAUUAACUCACGUCUCUUUGUUCUCUGACGUUCCGUCGUUUACGACAUUUUCUAACAAACUUCUAACAUUCAAACGUCACAAAUCUGUGAUCAAUCCUGUGUUCAUUAAUAAUCUCUCCAGUUCUUUUAUUUCUUAUAUUUCAUUCCGAUCUUCACCUGCAGACUAAUCAAUGAACUCGAUCGAAACAUUUGAAAAAAAAAUAUUCUUCAGUUUUUCUCUCGUUACAUUUUUUUUCAUCUGUGACGAGAAAAUUAAGAUUAAAAAAUAAAAACUCAUAAAAGCUGAAAAUGAAUGUUUGAUGAAAACUGAUCUGCGUCAAUCAAAUAAUCAGCUGAUCGAUAUCGGUAACGAGGAACUGGUUCACGUCGGAAAUCUGAAACUUUUCUGUUUCAUCGUUAAACUUUUGUUUUUAGAUUCUAAUUGUAUUAUUUCAAAUUUUCAGCACUUUGUAACUUUGCUAUGCAACAACAUCCGAUAAAGAUCGAUAGUAUUAAUGUGAAUCAUGUGAUCUAUGAUGUCACUGCUUCAUUAUCAUUAUUCAACGUUAAAAUCAAAUUCGCAAGAAGAAGAUAAUUAUUUCAAAUAAACUUUUUUUUCAUGUUUUUCUGUUCAGCACAUUUUAAGAAAAAGGAAACUUGUUGGACUGAAGAUUAUUGAUCGGUGCUGAUCAGAUGGUUUUUUUUUUUACAUUAGAAGAACAAAUAAAACAAAUGAAGGAUCUGAUCGGGAGCCGGAUGUUCACGUUUAGAUUUUAUUUUAUUAAUAUUAAUUUUGAUGAAAACAAACUUCAUGAGUUUUUCUUGCAGUGAACUUACAGAAGCUUUUAUUGUGAAAUUAAAUCACUGUGGAUGAAUGUGAUCGGAACACUGCGGUGACCUCUGACCUCUGGCUGGUCUUCCAUUUCCUGCUCUGUGAUGUCACUGCAGCUGAUUGUACAAUAAAAUACUUUUUAUAUCAA